AUGUACGCCUCCCCGCCGGGCAGCGUUUCCAGUUCAGUGGCGGACACGAAGCAGUCCUCCGCGGCGGAGUCCAGUGGCGGCGGAGGAGGAGCUGGUAGCGGCGGCAACGGCGGCAGCGGCGGCGGCGGUGCCGGAGGCAAUAAUAAGAGCUCCUGCUACCCUCCAAGAUAUUCGCCCCCGACGUACAGGCCGUCGCCCGUCGACAGGAGGUGCGGGCCGACGAACGCGACGAGUCGGAUAUUAGAAGAUGCAUCAAUUAUGUGUAAUUCCUGGUCGCCUCGACACAAUGGCGACAUCUUCUCCGGCCUCAACGACGGUCUCCUCAGUCGGGCUGAGGCGCUCGCGGCCGUCGACAUCGGCAAGCACCACGGCGUCGGUGUCGGUGUCGGCGUCGGCGUCGGCGUCGCCGGUCAGUCGCCGCAACUGAAGCACGACAUCAUGGCAGCGGCCGCCUAUCAUCACAACAGCGCCGUUGCUGCGAGGUCUCACCAUCAGGGUCACCACGCACACCACCACCAGGGCCACCAGCACCAGCAGCAGCACUCGAUGGACUCCAGUGGCGGCGGAGGCCUAGUCGACCCCAUUCUGGAACCACUGACCCACGGGGGUAACAUGACAUCUCUGACUCCCAUGGCGGACUCGAUGUUACCGAUGGGCGCCUUCAAUGCGACCUCCGGAUCGGUGGUCAACGGCGGCGGUGGCGGUAACGGAGGUCAGCUCCAUGGGCACCAUGGAGGGUACCAUCAUCACCAUGCCGGGGUUGUGGCGGGGCACGCCGCUGGGGUCGUCGGGGCUCAUCAUCAUAUGAUGGCUCAUCAUCAUCAUCAUCAUCAGCACCAACAGAGUAUGCACCAUGCCCAUCACCCAGCGAUGGCAGCAGCAGCUGCUGCUGCUGCAGCAGCAGGUUUGCAUCCAGAUGCUGAUACUGACCCAAGAGAAUUAGAAGCUUUUGCUGAACGUUUUAAACAGAGGCGGAUCAAGCUCGGAGUGACACAGGCUGAUGUAGGCAAAGCCCUGGCCAAUCUGAAGCUCCCAGGCGUCGGAGCCUUGUCCCAAAGUACCAUUUGUCGUUUCGAAUCCCUAACUUUAUCUCACAACAACAUGAUAGCCCUCAAGCCAAUCCUCCAGGCCUGGUUGGAGGAAGCCGAAGCCCAGGCCAAGAACAAAAGACGAGAUCCUGAUGCUCCUAGUGUCCUUCCUGCAGGCGAAAAGAAACGCAAAAGGACCUCCAUCGCCGCUCCUGAGAAACGAAGCCUCGAGGCAUACUUCCAGGUGCAACCCAGGCCAUCAGGUGAGAAGAUAGCAGCGAUUGCCGAAAAGUUGGAUCUGAAGAAAAACGUGGUUCGUGUCUGGUUUUGCAAUCAGCGUCAAAAGCAAAAACGUAUGAAAUACGGGGCGCAGCACUGA